GCAUCGCGUUGUGUCUAUUUAAUUCUGCGUCACGUGAUUAGAUCCUAGUUCAUUCAUGAGUUCGUAUUCUAUUCCGAAUCAUGAAACAAUCGGCGAUUUUAUUAAUAUCAAAUAUUAAUCACUCGCGAGUGUUGAAUUCGUGAAAAGUAUAAGUUUCAUAAAUAGCGAUUAUAGCGAGAAAAAGCAUUUAUCAUUUCCGAUUUUAUAAUUUGUGACUCGACCUAACCUUACAUAACCUAAAAAAAAAAUUGUGGAGAAGAAUCUGGAACGUAUUCUUCGAACGAAAUAAUAAAUAACGCACGAUGUCUUUGCGUUUGUAUUCAUUCGUGAGAAGAAUACGAAAAACGCAUGGCAGAAAAUUCAGCACAGCUGCAGAAGUAAAGGAUGAGCCAGUGAGUCAAAUAAAUUCUUUUCGCACAGCUGAAAGCAAUCCGGUUAAUCACAAUACGGACCACAUUGCCAGAUUAUAUACAGUACCGACAGAUAUUCAACAGCAACUCUUUCAGUAUGGUGGAUUAAAUAAGACAUUUAUGAAACAGGUUACUACUUUUCGAGAGUGCUCGAUACUAGUCAGGCAACCUGCAGUUGAGAUUAUGUCUUAUCUCAAUCAGACUGACUAUACAAGGCCUGUCAACAAAUAUGUGUUGUAUGGGAAGUUUGGAGUAGGAAAAUCUAUCGCGUUAAGUCACAUAUUACACUAUGCCUUCAUGCAGAAAUAUGUGCUUGUUCACAUAUACUGGGCUAUGCAUUGGUUUAGGGAUAUGAAGGAAGUCGCGACCUCAGUAUUAUCCCCAGGCUGCAUAGAUUUGCCCAUCGAUGCUGGAUCAUGGUUGAAACACUUCAAAUCUCAAAAUUCAAAGUUGCUCCCACAAUUGGACCUGAGAAUAUCGAAGGAUUAUGAGUGGAAUCAGCGCGAAACGACCUCGCAAGGUACACCUAUCUUGGAACUCGUCGAGUUCGGCAUAAGCCGCGUCAAGUAUGCUUGCGGUGUGGUGGAUGCGCUUAUAAGAGAGCUGAAGCUCGCCAGCACGGCCGGCAGGUGCAAGACUUUGGUCAUGAUAGACGGAUUCAAUGCAUUUACGUCGAGUUACACGCGGAUCCGUGACGAUAACAAAGCGAUGGUUCUGCCCAAGCAAGUGUCCUUGGCAAUACCGUUUUUAGAUAUCACGAAAAGCGAUUGGUGCAACGGUGCUGUUGUACUAUCAGUAGACCAAACAGCGAAUAAGGAGAGACAAGAAUCCUAUCUUCCUAGAUAUUUGCUUGGCAAAGAAGGCUUCGAGCACUUGGAUCCUUUCAUACCUAUUUUGGUUGAUGACUACAACGUCGCAGAAUUCGACAGUAUGAUAGAGUAUUAUAAAGAUCGCAAAUGGAUCAGGAACAUAACAGUCAGUGAUCAGAAGGAAUUAGAACUUAUCACUAAUAGAAAUCCAUCCGCCUUAAUGGAACAGUGUAAAUUUUUAUAAAGACAAUUGCUCGAACAUGGAUGUAAUUAUAAUAAUAAAGCUUUUAAAGUUC